AUCUCGAGAGGCGCUCGAGGUAGAGGAGCUGGGCCCGGAUCCGUUCUGAGCUCCCGAGGUAGAUCUGGGGCGCACCGUCCGGGCUGCCUCCUCUCCGGGGAGUCAUGGAGGACAAACGCAACAUCCCCAUCAUCGAGUGGGAGCACCUGGACAAAAGGAAGUUCUACGUGUUGGGGAUUUGCAUGACCAUGAUGAUCCGGGUGAGCGUUUACCCUUUCACGCUCAUCCGGACGCGACUGCAGGUUCAGAAGGGCAAGAGCCUCUACAACGGGACCUUCGACGCCUUUGUGAAAAUCCUGCGGACAGAAGGGACGGCUGGGCUCUACCGUGGCUUUUUGGUCAACACUUUCACCCUGAUCUCCGGACAGUGCUACGUGACGACGUACGAGCUCACUCGCAAGUACGUGUCCCGCUACAACAACAACAACGCCGUGAAGUCUCUGGUGGCGGGCGGCUCGGCCUCCCUGGUGGCCCAGAGCAUCACGGUGCCCAUCGACGUGAUCUCCCAGCACCUCAUGAUGCAGAGGAAAGGGGAAAGCAUGGGCAGGUUCAAGGUGCAGAAGCAGGAUGGCAAGCGAAUGCUGGUCUUCGGCCAAACCAAGGACAUCAUCGUGCAGAUCUUCAAGGCUGACGGUUUUAGGGGGUUCUACAGGGGCUACGUGGCCUCCCUGCUCACCUAUAUCCCCAACAGCGCGGUCUGGUGGCCCUUCUACCACUUCUACGCCGAACAGCUUUCUAGCUUGACUCCUAAAGACUGUCCCCACCUCCUCCUGCAAGCGAUCUCGGGGCCGCUCGCGGCUGCCACCGCUUCCACGCUCACCAACCCCAUGGAUGUCAUCAGAGCUCGGGUUCAGGUGGAAGGCAAGAGCUCCAUCAUCCUUACCUUCAAACAGCUCAUGGCAGAGGAAGGUCCCUGGGGCCUGACGAAAGGUCUUUCUGCCCGCAUCAUCUCUGCCACUCCCUCCACCAUCGUCAUCGUGGUGGGGUACGAAACCCUGAAGAAGCUGAGCCUCCGCCCGGAGCUGGUGGAUUCAAGACACUGGUAGAGGCAGACGGUGGGAGAGAAACCUUCUGAGCCCUCUGGAUUCAGACCGUCACGGUUGAAAGCUCAGGAGAGGCAGUUGCCGUCUCCGUUGUCUCUAGCUAACGUGGAGUGAGUUUUCACAGUACAAGGCAGAAGCACGAGCAACUGCAAUCCACCUCUUUCGAUCUGAUUGCCAUUCGGUGCUCUGCUGCUCUCUCUGCUCAAAACCAUCAAAAACGUGACCCUUGGCAGUGCCGUUUGCCUGGGACAGUUCACUCGAGAGCAGCCAGAGGCGGGAACGAAUCCCGUAAAUUCUCAAUUCCCUUUUUUUUUUUUUAAAUUAAAGACUUACUGGUUGAAGCAAAAAAGAAGCCAGUUUAUUCCUUAAAUUAUUUUAAUCCUUGUCAAACUUCCGAGCAGGGGAAUCAGCCUGCAGCAGAGCCCUCUGGCGGGUUGCGUGCUGAUUGCAGUUGUACUGUGGGAAGCUGCAGAAGUAGACUAGCCAAGUAACUUUUCCCCGCUCACACACUUUUAUUGCUAGAAGGUGUGAGAGGAGAGUAACCCGGAACCACUUACGACCUUAUUUACUGCGUUUUAAAUAGAUCUGUACAUACCUUUUUUUGUAUAUUCUUGGGAACGUUUCCUGUCUCUCAUCCUCGGAACGGCGAGCCUCGCUGAGGGGCGAGUGAAGGGUCGAGCUGGCUGUUUGUAAUUAGUUGAUGGCGAUUUUGACACCUACGUUUUUAAUGUUAUUUAUUUUAUUUUUUAAUUUCAGGGAAGCUUAUUCUGAUUUCUGGGGGACUGAGUGGUUGUUCUGUGGCCUUGUUCAAUGUGAGUGUCGAUGCUGCAUGUUCAGGGUGGCUGAUGCCACUUCCCACCUUUAGUUAGUUUAAGCGAAAACAAGCGCGGAGCUUGGACGUGUCGGAUUGCUGUGCUGUCAGCAGCCAAGGUGAGAACGGAGCUUGACUUGAGCUACAGCUGGAUGGGAGGUAGGGAAGGAGAAAUCUUGUACUGGCUUUUGAUCCAGUUCAAACCUGACUGGCAUGUUCAUAUUGAAUAAGAAGUAAUGGUUUGCUAAUACAUCGUAAGCUUAAAUCCUGCUUAUCCUGUUCGGGAAGGACAAGGAUGAUUCUUUGCACGCUCUUGCCGGAUCAAAAUCUGAAGCUCCGGUGUGUUUCUUACA